AUGCCGAACCUCUACCUCGCUGUUAUUGGUGUCGGCGGCGUCGGCACCGCCUUUCUGUCUCAGCUAGCCAGCCUCUCACCAGCGCUUCGGCCUACCCUGGUCUUUGUCUCACGUUCUUCAAAGCAGCUCUACACCAAUGACUACAAGCCUGUUUCGCCCUCCAACCUACAAACCUCCUCUUCGAAGCUCUUAUCCCUUGCGGAGAUUACGACGUAUCUUGCUGCCGCCCCGGGAAAGAGCAUACUCGUUGACAACACGUCGAGCCAAGACGUUGCAGAGGCAUAUCCUGGUUUCCUGCGCAAGGGUAUCAGCGUGGUAACACCGAACAAGAAGGCAUUCAGUUCUGGCUUGAGCCUGUGGAAUGACAUUUUCGAUGCCGUCGACAAGAGUGAUGGAAACGCAAUGAUCUACCACGAAGGCUCCGUGGGUGCUGGAUUGCCCGUCAUUUCGACGCUGAAGGACCUUGUGGCGACUGGAGAUCAAGUUACGAAGAUCGAGGGUGUGUUCAGUGGGACUAUGAGUUUUCUCUUCAACAGCUUCGCACCGGUCGACGGCAGUGGAAAGGGUAAAUGGUCGGAGAUUGUGUCGCAGGCAAAGGACGCGGGAUACACUGAGCCCGACCCGCGUGAUGAUCUCAAUGGAAUGGAUGUGGCGAGAAAGCUUACGAUCCUGGCGAGAUUGGCGGGGUUGAAAGUGCAAGGACCGGAGGGCUUCCCCGUGCAAAGUCUCAUUCCCAAAGAGCUUGAGAGCGCGGGAAGCAGCGAAGAGUUCAUGCAGAGGCUGCCGGAGUUCGACGGCGAGAUGGAGGCCUAUAAAGACGACGCGGCGCGUGAGGGUAAGGUGGUCAGAUACGUGGGAAGUAUCGACGUCGCAAAGGAGGAAGUCAAGGUCGGCCUUCAGAUGGUAGAUCGGGGAACGCCGAUUGCGAGUCUGAAAGGCAGCGAUAAUCUGAUAUGCUUCUACACGAAGCGAUACCCGAGCCCGUUGGUGAUCCAGGGUGCCGGUGCAGGCGGCGAGGUCACUGCCAUGGGCGUCACGGGAGAUCUAAUCAAGGCCGUUGAGAGAUUGAGAUAG